AUGGCCACUCAGAGGGGGCACCCCACCUCCCGCCGCCGCCACCGCACCACCUUCAGCCCUGGCCAACUGCAGCAGCUGGAGGCGGCCUUCAGGGGGAACCAGUACCCUGAUGUCUGGGCCCGGGAGGGCCUUGCCCGUGACACCGGCCUCAGUGAAGCCAGAAUCCAGGUCUGGUUCCAGAACCGCAGGGCCAAGCAGAGGAAGCAGGAGAGGGUGCUGCCGCCACCCCCGCACCCCGCCUCCCCGGUCCCUUUCUCUGGGCUCCUGCCCCCCGCCCCUGCAGUCCCCUGCUGCUCCCCAGUGACCCCCGCCCCCGGGGCCUGUGGCCUGGGUCCACCGGGUUGUGGCUGUGCCGUCUCCUCCCAGCCCGGCCCCGCGCCUGCCCUGGCGAGACCCCUCCAGGCUGAAGACUGGUACCCCGGCUGGGCUCCGGCCUCCGCAGGCCACCUGCCCUGCCCCCCGCCUGCAGCCCUGCUCCCCCUUAUCCUGGAAUCCCCAACGUCCUGGAACUAA